AGGAGUGGGCACAGUACAAUUGUUCAGCUCGUGGAAUUAAGAGCUUCAGUUAACAGUAAAGGGAAUUGCAAAGAAGUUAAAAGUGAAUACAAUGCCGCCACCACAUCACGACGAUCGUCUCUUUGGCAUCCACUUGGGCCUGCACUUGGGACACCAUCAUCAGCACCACGGACACCAUGGACCACCACCGCCGCACCACCACCAUCAUCAUCAUCAUCAUGGACCACCGCCGCCACCGUUCUACGAUCAUCAUCACCAUCAUCAUCACGGCCCACCGCAUCAUGGACACUAUGAUCAUCAUCAUGGCCACUAUGAUCAUCAUCAUGGCCACGUUGAGCAUCAUCAUCAUCACGGACCACCACAUCAUCAUUGCUAAAUGUUGAAAUGAAGAGCAAUGGGUCAAAGAUGCAUCCAUACAUUCUAUCCAUUGUGAACUGCCUGUGAAGUGAAUUUAUAUAGUAU